UAUUACGAAAAGCUAAUAAUAUUAAUUAUGAAAUUUUUGAAUAAUAAUAUAUCUGAUAAUUGUAACUGACUCGGGACAUCGCCCGAGCCAAAAUACUAAUAUACAAUCUCAUUUGACAUAUAAAUGCAUUAACCAACUAAUAUACAAUCUCUCUCUUCAAAAAAAAAAACUAAUUUACAAUCUCAUGUUCCUUAAUAUAUUAAUAAACUAGUUUUGUAUGAAACGAAAACAAACAAAGGUCAAUUGCAUUAUAAUGAAUACAAAAAAUUGUUCAUAAAAUUCAUUGUAUAUUUUUCUUCUAUUUUUAAAAACCAAUAAAUCAAGAAUAAUGUAAAUAUUUUGUUAAUGGAAGGUAUUAUGAUAAAAGACGGUAAAUUUAUAUUUUAAUACUCAAGAGUAUAAAAAAAGUUUACCAUUUUUUAUAUCCCCAUCCUCUUCCCUUAUAUGUAAAAAUAAAUAAUCUAAAUAAAAAUGCGUUAACCAACUACCCUACCAUCUCUCAUUCUCUCCCCUCCCAAAAAAAAAAAUAAAAAAAAAUAAAUAAAAACUACUCUACAAUCGAAUACUAUGGCUUUCUCAGUCAAAAACUCCAUACAUUUUCUCUCCUCUUCCUCUUUCUCUUCUUCCUCGUGCUCGAAUUGCAGAAGCUCGUUACAGGCACCUAUGUUUGAAGAUCACAUAAGUCAGCUGCCAGAUGCAAUUCUUGUAUCGAUUCUCUCGCUCUUGACACUAAGAGAAGCUGCAAUCACUAGUCUCCUUUCGCGAAGGUGGAGAUAUUUAUGGACAUAUGUUCAAUCCUUGGAUUUUGACCCAUUUUCUUUCCAACCCAAGUGUAUAGAUGUUGAAGAUCAGAGAAGAUGUGUAAAGAUGGACGCUCUUAAGUACGUAAGUUGGCUGAACAAUGUCGUUGAAUCUCAUCGAGGCUCGAAUUUAGAAUACUUCAAUGCUAUUGUUUGUUCUAGUGCGGAUACAAGCCAAGUCUAUAGAUGGAUUUCCUUUGCCCUGAUGAAGAGAACUAAGGUGCUAGAAUUAGAUUUUAGAACACGGCAUUGUGAUGAUUGUGACUUUUCUUAUUACUUAUACCGUUGUGUUUAUAGUAAUCCUGAUGGUAUGUCUUGGAUUAAGUCACUGAAGACCUUGAUUUUGAGUGGUGCGUUGGUUACUGCAGAGACUCUCGAGUUUCUUUUCUCUAAUUGUCCACAACUUAUCACUUUACAAGUGAGAAUGUGUGGAGGCCCUGUUAACCUGAGGAUCGAUAAUGAUCAUAUUCAGCGCUUGCAAAUCCUUUAUUGUCAUAACAUUAAAAGUAUUGAGAUAGUGUCUGCUCAGAACCUUGUGAGCUUUGCCUAUAAAGGCGCGACUUUCGAAUUCUAUGUUAAGAAUGCUCCUUCACUUGUACGCCUUGAUAUAGGUUCGAAUGUCAGACAUAGUCCGAAAUUUGCCCGUGAUUCAUUUGCAGAGUCCCUUCCCCAGCUGAAUAGGCUUAAAGUAUCGAUAAUUGAAUACUUCUCUGGAUACAUUUCGCAGUUUCCUGAUGGAGACUUCCCCAAACUUAAGCAGUUGGUGCUCAAUGUUGAUGCUUAUUCCUGUGAAAUUUUUCUGGAUAUCAUUUGCUUGAUAGAGAGAUCAACAUCCCUGGAGAAGUUCACUUUACUGUUCGAUCGUCAUUAUAAUACGUCGUUCAAUAAACCUGUUGGUACACCAAAAAAGGAGAUCUAUAAUUUCCCCCACUAUCAUCUCAAAGAUGUAAAAUUUGUCGGCUUUACUGGUUGUAGAGGUGAUUCUGAGCUUGUGCAAUACCUGCUUGACAAUGCCGUAAAUAUGGAGAAGUUUGUAUUAGAUAUCAAUAAGCCAUAUCAUGUUACACAACCAAAUGAGUAUGAAGACAGCAAAAGGAAAUUUGCUCUGAAGCGCGCUAAAGAACUUGUUGAGACAACACUGCAUCGUAAGAUUGAUUUUAUUAGCAUAAUCAACUAUGAUGCUCGGCUCAACAAGUGAUCGAGUUUGCUUCAAUAAGUUAAGCUCUUUGUCAAGGAACAGAAAAUGCACUAUGAGUCUAUGACUAUGUGCAUAUCCUAGAGAGUGUUGUGGGUACUUGUGGCUGCCUAUGAAAUGGAUAUUAGGGGAGUUGCCUUCCAGAAUCUAGAAAAGUAGCUGGCCGAAGGGGCGGAUCUAUCGUGGGAUCUGGAUGGCACAUGUCGCACCAAAAAAACAGUUCCGUAAACUUCGUUUAUUUGUUGAGUGGAGUAGGGUUUUUUUUCACUUUGAUAGGAUGAAUUUGGUUUUUCAGUAACUUUUGUAUCUAAUUUUAAUUUGAAGUAAUGUUACUCCCGUCUUUUCUUAUGAGAAAAGAAAGUUAACCUUUUUGUCAAA